CUUACUCUUUUUCAAGUGUUUAUCUUGUCGCCCAGUCGUAAACAUUUGGCCUUGUGUGUUUUGUGGCCUUACUUUAAAAUUUAUUUCUGAAAGCACGUUUUGUAAAGAGCGGCAAAAGGGAACUGUGCGAUAACCGUAUCAGAUCAAGCAAAAAGAUUAGGACACUUCCAAAGUGCUCAUUUUGAGUUUUUAGCCGAUAACCGGAAAUUUAAAAUUGGAUCGUAUGGCUCUUCGAUUUGGGAACACUACAAGACUGCAUCACAUUGACUUUCCCAAAGCUUGUACAGAAAGUGGGGGACAAACCUGGGAGCAAGCAAUGCCAGAGACGCAAUGUGAAUUGAAACAGUCUCCUCAAGGAAAUCCCAAUCAUAAAACAUCAAAAGUUAAUGUCAAGAUCCGCAGAAAACAUGAAAAAGAGAGCGCUAGAAAAUCUCGACAGGAUGGAAUUGCGCAAUCUUCAGAAAUAAAAAGCGAAAUCUUACACAACAGUGGUAAUUGUGGGUACAGCCUGGAGGCCGUUUCAAAGCGAUCAACAUUAGGCAAUACGAUGAAUCAACAGUCCAUAGCGACUUCGCAGAUGAACUUAACAGUUGAGUGGGACGUUUUAGACUCGUUCUCGGAAUUUGCGACGUUUUUGGAGUUACAAAACCCUAUCUGUCCCGCUCAUCUUAUUGACACGCCAGAGAAGCUUCUAAGUGUUUUGUCUUACGAGUUUCACUGAAACAGCAAUGCGACAUGAAUAUUCACAAGCCUCACUGUGGUCACACUCGGUGCAUUUAACAACGCUCAUCGCAGAACGAGAAAUAAGGCGAUUCGGCGAAAAACUUGCAAAGGGUCAACCAGAUUGGAUUGGGAUAAAAACACACAACAUUGGAAUAAAGUAAAUUUACCUUUAAAUCUAUUUAUUUUAAUUCUCUUUCGUCAAUGAACACCAAUGAAAAAAACAUUUUUAAAUCGACUGAUCCUCUUAAAUUUUAAAUAUCGCACCAUAUGAAUUCUAAAACCAUUUGACUUUAUAAAAUCUUGUUAUUGUAAUUUUGCAUGUACCCCUUGUCCUUGCAUAUUUUAAGCGUUUUGUAAUUAAGUACACAAACUACGCGACUUUAGUUGACUACUAAACGAGCAAAAAAGGCAUAUUGAAUGUACAAUGUGGUCUUUUGCUCACCCCGUUUACCAUUUCGGCGCGCGCCGUUGUUUUGCGAUCUGGGUGUCGCGUGUUGCUUAAAAUCUUUUAAAAUCGUGCGCCAUUACCCUUUAACGCGCGCGACGAUAAAGAUCCAUUUUAAGAUACCACUUUCCUUUAAAGUCAUUAAUAUUCCUCUAUGAUUGCCACCUGUAUAAGUGAUAUUCACGCGCUGUAUUCAAGAGAUGAACCACAGUAUAACAUGGAACAGAUAUACUGAGGUUUGUAACUUUAGUUAGCGAACUUGGUGAAAUUAAAGUUUGACUUUUA